UAACCGGUGACCUGUUUUAGGCUUAGAUGAAGACGCUCAUGGUAUUUGACUUUGAUCACACUGUGGUCGACGACAACAGUGACACUUGGGUAAUCAAAUGCACGCCCGAGCAAAGUUUACCGGACUGGCUCAAGAACUCGUAUGAGAAAGGCCGAUGGACCGAGUAUAUGGGUCGGGUGAUGUCUUACAUCGGAGACCUGUCAGUCAGUCCGGACACGAUCAGAAAUGUAAUGGAGACUAUUCCGUACACUGACGGAAUGAUCGAAUUAUUGACAUACAUCUCAGGACACAAGAGUGACAUCGACUGCAUUAUAAUCUCAGAUUCCAACACUAUCUUCAUCGAGUGGAUCCUACAAGCUGCCGGACUGCAUUCCGCGGUAGACCGUGUCUUCACUAAUCCCGCCACUUUCGAUAACCGCGACUACAUGACGAUGCAGUGUCAUCAUUCGCAUGAUUGUAAGCAAUGUCCGGUGAAUUUAUGCAAAAGGAAGGUAUUAGGGGAUUUCUUAGAGAGCCAAGCGGAAGCUGGUGUUCACUACCGAAAGACGUUUUACGUGGGAGACGGAGGCAACGACCUGUGCCCCGCACACAUUUUGAAAGACGGGGAUGUUGUUAUGCCACGGAAGGGGUACACACUGGAGAAACUCUUGUCUAAAAUGAAUGAGAGGGAUAAAACGAUUCUCUCCAGGCUGCAAAUAAUACCCUGGACCAGCGGCAAGGAAAUCCUAAAAGAACUGGAUGCCCUUAACCACUAAACAGGUCCACAUCCCACUUUGGACGGUGGAUAUUGAAAUAAAAGUCAAUCGCAAAAUUGUAUGGUGGAUUCAACCACGUUAUAAACCGUUGUUUUACAGCGGACGGGCUUUUGUUAAUCCAUAAGUAUUGACUUAGUCAAACGUUUUCCAUUGUUUUGUAUAUGAGCGCCAGUAUCAACCAGUUCGUUCAGAGUAGUCUCUAUUGAUUUCCGUUGACUUCGAAGCAAAGUAAUGUGUCGUCUGUCUCCUCUUUCACUGUCAAUUUCUCCUUUCUGUUUGCUCAGGGAUUUGACUUCAUAUCGAUUGUCAAAACAGUGAAUCUCUGAACGCUGUAGAUUCUGUAAUAAUGUGUUUUUUUUUUACUACUUGAAUAAUAAUGAACAUUUUGUGGACACCUUUGCUAAUACCACAAUGUAUGAAAUCGUUUACUGAUUAUAAAUAUUAAAAUGGAAGUUUACCGUCAA